AUGGAUUUUGGGUACGAUGAGCAGGGCAACCGGCUGAAUCAUGAUGACAGCAGCAGCAACUACGAUGACAGCGACCGUGAGGUUGCUUCUGUAAGCGAUGACGAUGCUUGGAAGCGGGCGGGAGGCGGCAGUGGCGAUGAUGAUGAUGACGAUGACGAUGAUGAUAGUUCCCUGCGGCAACGUCAUGGGAGGUCAAAUGGAGGUGGAACAGAUGGUUCAAGCAGUGCCUUCAGUGACGACGUUGAGCUCAUCAUUGGCGAGGCUGGAAAUCAAACCAUUGCUGAACCGCUUGUAGAUGAAAAAGACGUUGUUUCGUAUUUUCGUGCGGAUGGGGCGCGCGGUAAGUUCCUUUUUGAGGACCGGCGUGCGGCACCGCUGCUCAUUCAAGAUACACACGCGGCACCAUCUUCGGAACGUGAAUUUUUAGAUCUCCUGUGCGGCAUCCCUUCGCGGCAACGCAACGUGGCACUUGUUGGUCACCUGCACCAUGGAAAGACUUCUCUGCUCACUAUGCUUCUUGGGGGCCGUGCGUACCGUCAGCGUGAGGACGAGGUGGAGCGCAAAAUUUCUCUUAAAAGCAGUGUUGUGACGGAGGUGGUGUCGGGGGCACACUACCAGCAGGCCUCUCACCUCGUCAGUUUCUGUGACACACCUGGUCAUCCCGACUUUGCGGCGGAGACGGCAGCAGCCCUGCGCUUGGCAGACGCCGCAAUAUUUUGUGUCGACGCGGUUGAGUCCAUAACACGCAACGCUGUCCGGCUUUUGCGACAGACGGUGCUGCAGGAAAAUCUCCCAGUGAUGCUUGUCAUCACGAAGGUCGAUCGUCUCAUCAUGGAUCUCAAGCUACCGCCACUGGACGCCUACCGCAAGUUGCGGACGGUGGUGGAUGCUGUCAACAACGAGAUUGCUGGCUUUGGUUCCCCGUUUCUUGUUUCCCCACAGAACGGCACCGUCUGUUUCGCGUCGUCAAGACUUGGGUUUUGCUUUACGACGGAGACCUUUGCACUGAAGUACAGCCGUGAGUACCCUUCCGUUGACCCAGUCGCACUGUCGCAGCAGCUUUGGGGACAAGUUGCCUUUGAGAAGGGGCAAUUUGUGAAGAUCAAAAACUUCACACAGAGACCCGCGUUUGUCACGCUGAUUCUUGAGCCGCUGUACAAAAUUGUCGCCCAUGCCCUGACCGGCAAAGGGCACGAAGUCCUUAGCAGCCGUCUCCAUCCCCACCCACGGGAUCCUGUCGCUGCAGCACGAGAGGCCGUACAACUCUUUUUUGGCGACGCCGCCACAGAAGGCAUUGACGCACUUCUCAAUGUAAUGCCAAAGGCUGAUGUGCGCCUGAACUGGCUUCGGCUGCGUUAUGGACUCACAUGUGAGACGCAAAAUUCGGUGCUCGCCAUUGCACCGCUGCUGCGUUCGCAAAAUAAUGGAGAAGAGAAUUUUGCAAUUGUUCGUGUACUGCAUGGUGUUCUAAAACGAAGCAUGAAAUUGGUUGUUGUGGAUGAACACUCCAGCGACGCUGAGCCCUUCUACACCUUUGUUGUGAAGGAGCUGCUUCUGAAGAUGUUAAAUGGGCUUGUUGAAGUAGAUGCCGCGCACGCAGGUCAGGUGGUUUUUCUUACUGGUUUUGGUACACGACCAGGGAGUCAUCUUGUUCUCGUUGGUGGUGCCAUCGCUGAUCCCCUUUUGAUGGAAGAUGACGCGGUUGACGUGGGAGAAACCGCAUCAGGAGAUUGGCUUGACGAUGUGCGGGUGUAUCCCCUCAAAUGUGGAGACCCCAUGGUGCAUGUUGGGGUGGAGCUGAAGGAUCCCAAAAAGAGUGCACAGCUGCAGCGUGGUCUUCAGAUCCUAUUGCGGACAACACCCGGACUUGAUGCACACAAGGAAGAGACAGGGGAAUUUACUCUUACUGGGUAUGGAGAAUUGCAUCUUGACACGGCUCUGCACGAACUACGCUGUGGUCUCUGCAAAGGUGUAAAAAUUGGGAUAUCGCAGCCAUUUGUUUCCUUUUCUGAGACGGUGCUGGAGAAGAAUGGCGUGCUUGCCGUGAGCGGCUCCAAACGGGCUCAGAUUGGGUGCACAAGUGGCGCCAUGAAUCGUCAACUUGUAGAUCACGUGGAGUACGAGCAGAUCGAUCUUUUCCCCUCCGACGGCAGUAGUGUUGUGAAGCUCUGGACGACACUGCGGCAGUAUGGAAUGGAUGCCCUGGACGCCCAACACGUCAUGGCGGCUGGCCCCCACGCAACGAAAGGCCCAAGUUUGCUCAUCAAUGACACUAUUGAGGAGGAGCAACAGGAGUUCGCCCCGUUGACACAACAGCGUUUGCAGGCUAUUGCCGUUGGAUUUCGCUCUGCGGUGGCUUCUGGUCCUAUUACUGGCGACGUUGUUCGUGGCGCAGCGGUGCGAAUUGUCUUUGCUGACGUGGAGGCGGAAACGAAGGAUGCGGCGAUCAUUUCAACUGCGCGGACGACAGUGAAGCAGGCGCUUCUUGGCGGACUGCCACGUCUUCUUGAGCCGGUGCUUGCUGUCGACAUUACAUGUCCUCCUGAAUGUGUUGGAAAAAUUUCAGAGAUUCUGCAGAUGCGCCGAGGAAGUGUUUUGUCGGAGGAGCCGAUUGCCGCCACAACCCUUGUGUGCGUGCGUGCGCUGGUGCCGGCGAUGGACAGCUUCGGCCUGGAAACGCAAAUGCGCAUGCUGACCCAAGGCGAGGCAUUUCCGCUCUUCAGCUUUGACCGUUGGGACCUUGUGCCCGGCGACCCCUUCGAUGCGUCCAUUCACGUUGCUCCGCUUCAGCCAGCGCGUGGUUACCAGCUGGCACGGGACUUCACGCUCAAGACUCGAUUUCGAAAAGGCCUGCCACCACUUCUCGCCGAGUUUCAGGCGUGA